GUUGUCACUACUUCUGUUUCCUGCAACCAUAAUCUCUACCAUUUUUUUUUCUUUUCUUAUAUUCACAUUACUCGCCAUUUUUUCUGCUUCUUCUCAGAUAUGAACUAGGGUUUUUUGUUUUUUCUCCAUUCAUCUUUCUCACUUUCGCUAUUCGUGUCUCUGCUGAACAAUCUUAAGUAAUGUGUAGGCGUUUUCUGUUUCUGGGUAUUCUCAUUUUGCUCCUUUCUGGGUUUGUAGCUUCAGCUCCUUCUUCAACUUCACCUGCGAAGAUUGUUAAUAGCUUCAUCUCGAAUCAUGGCAUUUCCUUAUUGAAAUGGUUAUGGUCUUUCAAAACCACCACUAAAACAGCGGUUCCUACGAAAUCGAUGGUGAAAUUUGAAAAUGGGUAUUCAGUGGAGACGGUGUUAGACGGAAGCAAACUCGGAAUCGAACCUUAUUCUCUCCAGGUCUUACCCAAUGGCGAGCUGCUUAUCUUGGAUUCUCAGAAUAGUAACAUUUACAAGAUCGCCUCUUCAUCUCUUUCCCUAUAUAGCAGACCGAGGCUGGUUACUGGCUCCCCUGAAGGAUAUCCGGGUCAUGUGGAUGGGAGAUUAAGAGACGCGAGGUUGAACAAUCCCAAGGGAAUCACGGUGGAUGAUAGAGGAAAUAUCUAUGUUGCAGACACUGUGAACAAUGCUAUCAGGAAGAUCAGUGAAGCAGGAGUCACAACCAUUGCUGGAGGGAAAAUGGUUCGUGGGGGAGGUCAUGUGGAUGGUCCGAGUGAAGAUGCAAAGUUUUCAAAUGAUUUUGAUGUUGUUUAUCUCGGAAGCAGUUGUUCCUUGCUAGUCAUUGACCGAGGAAACCAAGCCAUCAGAGAGAUUCAACUCCAUUUUGACGACUGUGCUGAUCAGUAUGGAAGUGGCUUUCCUCUUGGGAUUGCAGUUCUUGUAGCGGCAGGUUUCUUUGGCUAUAUGCUGGCUUUGUUGCAACGUAGGCUCAGUUCUAUCGUUUCAUAUCAUACUGAUCAAGAACUAUUUGAAGCUGCUCCUGAUCAAGGGACUAUAAAACCGGUCAGGCCACCUUUGAUUCCAUCCGGAGAUGAGGAAGAAAACCAAGAAGAAAGCUUCAUUGGAACAUUGCGGAUAUUCAUUUUGAAUGCUUGGGUGUUUACUGCGGAGCUGUUCACUGGAAUGUUUCCUAGUCUCAGAAAGAAGCAGACAGUCACCUUUAACUUCAACCAUCAAGAAACAAAGAAUUCUGCUUUUAGCACAACUUCAUGGCCAGUUCAAGAGAGCUUUGUUAUACAAAACAAAGAUGAACCACCUCCAAUCGAGUCCAGGAACCCCACUCCCAGAAAAAUUUAUCCUUUCAUGUCCAAAGAUGCAACAGAGAAAAUGCAACAGCUGCGCCAAAGCCGUGCCUUGUACAGAAGCUUGGAUGCCGAAUUCCUUCAGGAGCAGCAGCAACAGAAACAUCGGCAGCAUCAUCACAGGCAUCACUCAACGAUCCCACACACUCUUUAUGAGCGCAGCAACGAGAAGACUAAUGAGAUCGUGUUUGGGCCAGGCCAGGAGCAAGACCACAGGCGUGUGGCAGCAGCAGCUACUGCUAAGUCGACAGAGUCUGGAGAACAGAUGAAUACUCAUCAGAAUAUUCACUACAGAGCUCACCAAUUUGUGAGUUACCCAUAUGGAUACUAUUCAUAGACAUGAGAAGUUACUUAAUAUGAUAGUAGUAGCAAUUGGGAAUCAGGUAUAGCUAUUUUGAUAUUUGUUGAGAAGGCACAUAAAGGGAUUUGGGUAUUUAGAUCUCUCUUCUUGUAAGAAAAACACAAAAGUUUAUAAUCCUUCUUCGGUGGUGUAAAGAAAAAAAGAUGAGCACUUCAAUAAGAAAUUUUUUUUUUGCAA